CGCAUAAUGAGACGGGAGGUUGUGUUGGAUUUGAAUUAAUUUAAAUAAACCAAAGUUCACGCUCAGGCGUGUUUCUACGAUUGAUAAAAUGGCUGCGCUAAGCGGUUUCGUUGAAUUUUUUCAAAAAGGAAAGGUAAGGACAUUCAGGCCUAAAAAGAAAUUUGCUUAUGGUACUUUGCGGUAUUCGUUGCAUAAACAAGCACAAGCUUCACUCAAUUCUGGUAUCAAUUUACGAGGAGUCGUUAAGCUGCCACCCGGAGAGGAUUUGAGUGAUUGGAUAGCUGUUCAUGUGGUAGACUUCUUCAACAGGAUAAAUCUUAUAUAUGGUACGGUUUCCGAAUAUUGCGAUUCUGCGACAUGCCCGACAAUGAGUGGUGGAGCACGAUUUGAAUAUUUGUGGGCUGAUGGUGAGAAAUAUAAGAAACCAACUGCCUUACCCGCUCCUCAAUAUGUCAGCCUGCUCAUGGAUUGGAUUGAAAAUCAAAUUAAUAACGAAAAUGUCUUUCCAGUAUCAACGGAUGUACCAUUUCCGAAAACCUUUAUACCCUUGUGUAGAAAAAUUUUGACUCGGUUGUUCCGGGUAUUCGUCCAUGUUUAUAUUCACCAUUUUGACAGAAUCGUCGCUAUUGGAGCGGAAGCUCAUGUCAACACCUGCUAUAAGCACUUUUACUACUUCGUCACAGAAUUCGAGUUAAUAAAUCAUAAAGAACUGGAGCCUUUAGCCGAAAUGACAUCAAAAGUAUGCAAAGAUCCAACAUCUUCUCCGACUCAAGUCACGGUACCAACUAGUACACACGCAAGAUAGUCACUUUAAUUAUAAUCGCUUACAUCAGUCUAAUCAAAUUUAACAAAAAUAGCGAUGAUCAAUUUUUUACUUGUUGUUUUUUUUAUUGUAAAGACGAUUAUUACUUGAAAAUGUCGCAAAUCUUUCAAAUUAAAGCCAAACGACAGCAUCAGAUGGAAGAAAAAGAUGAAUUGCAUUCGACAAAUCAAUCUUGUUCUCGGCAUUUUUUAAAUUAGUGUACAUAUAUACAUAUUAUUUACUUUGUAAUUGUUUACGAUUUUUUUUAUAUAAUUCUGCUUGUUAAACAUUGUUUGAAAAGUAGAUGUAGACGUAGAUAAUAAUUAAAAUUGUUCUUUUUAACCAGUUUAAAAUCCUCCAAGGUACUUAAAUUAACUCGAAUUUUAUUGUUAAUUUCAAGUAACUUUUAAGCGCCGAAAGAAAUUUAAUGUUUGGGGUUUGAAGUAAUUUAAAUCACAUAAUAUCUACGACAUUUUGCUCAGAGAAAUAUUGUAUUUCGUGAAUUGUGGUAUUUUGAUUCGCUUUUAACGUUGUAUACAAGUUUUUUUUAUCUAUAGUAGUUAUUCUAGUCAACAACAAAUUUGGUUGCUUAGUUUAAUAUAUAAAAUUAGUCCUAGAUAUUUAUUAUUUUAUAUUCAUUGAAAUCUCUUUAAACGUUUUUCUACAUCACAACACAAUUUUACAAUUGUGAAUCUGAAAAAGAGGUAUUCUCUGAAAUUGGAAAAAGAAUUCUAAAUAAAAUGAUUAUGUACACCAA